AUGGUGGAUCGUAACACGGUAGGUGAUGAAGAAUGGGAGGAGUUUGGAGUAAGGGCAGAAAGGCCUGAACCGAUAAGCGAUGAUGAACGGAGUUCGACCGAGGCUGGUUAUGAUGGACACCCCAAAAACGACAAGAACAGCCAGGCAGCCACAGGGGUCCUUGAAAGUCCAUCUGCGGAUGACUUGGGACGGGAUAUGACGGACGAGAGCGAGGAGGACUCAUUCCUACCAUCACCUGUCACGCAGAUCCUCAAUAGGAUUUGGAGACGGUUUUCGGGUAGAAUGACAAUGCUCUAG